AUGCUGGACCACAGGUACUUCCCCCACGUCUGGGACACGAUAGUCGACAACCUCGACUGGAAGGGUAUGUGCAUGAUGCGCGCGACCAGCAGGACCAUGCACGACAGGGUGUCGGCAAUCAUGUAUCGCCACAUCGUGGUGUCUCACCCUUAUGACGGUGACGAGUACCUCCGCAUCCUCGACCCCUACAGCCACAAGGUGCUGUUUGAGCUGAACCGCUACGACCCCUCGUCGGCCCGCCUGCGCGCCGCGAAGCAGCUGAAGAGCGCCAGCUUGAAGGACGCGCUUUCCAGGAUCAAGAAGCACACCCGAGUGAUUGAAUUGGUAGCAAAAACUUGGACCUACGACAAGUAUUGGCUGAAAGUGUUGUCGUCGAUGGCCCGCCACGCGGAGAUCUUUCGUGAGGCGGACCUCGGACCGCGUUAUCCAACUGCCUUACUCAAGACCCAGGACCGCUGCCGCUCGCUAUUUCUUCACCUAGGGCCUCGUCUGUUCGACAAGGAGUUGUACCACCUACACUAUUCCUACACAACCAACGUGUUCAAGGCCCGCGACGAGUUUGUGAUUUUGGUCACCCAGUACACAGAUAAGAGGAGGAGCUCGUCAAUCCGCGACCCAUGGCGGCGUGUUGACAAAACUCUCCUUGUUGAUGUUAUCGCCAAGCUCUGUAUGCGUGACCAGGAGGUCCCCUACAGCAAAAUCACGUUUGUCAAGGUCCGUUCCUGGGGCAAGGGCCAAAAGUCCUCAUCGGCCAAUUGGGACCGCUUCAUCGAGAUCGUUGCCAUCAACUGGGAGAGGCAUCGCGCCAUUGUUAUUCCACAGAAGCGUGUUCUCCCCGCCAUCACAUUCUCUCACAAGUCUCUCGAGGAGUUCCAACGUUCCGCGGGUAUGAGUGGCACUGAGCUCGAGCUGUUCACGAGGUGCCCCGGGCUCAACCUGCGUAACGGACCCGCAUGGGCUCUCUGA